CAAUGAUCAAGUUAUAGAUUUAAAUAUUUUUAUUAAAGCCUCAUCUGAAGUAUAAGAAAAUGGCACUUUGGGUGUUUAGACUACCGUGUUGAAAUUAAUCAAUUUAUUGUUCGUAUAAAUGAUUGUAAAAAAAUAAAAAUGACUUCAGAUACUACAACAAUUGUCGAAGAAUUGGCCAAAGAUUAUGCGGGUUAUGCAAAAUUGGAUUUAUCGAAGCAGCUAAAGGGUUUUCAUGACACGAUCGAGGAUGUGAUGAUGCGCUUGGAAGAAUUCCAGUCGAUCAUUGAAAUGGUUCAGUCUGAAAGUUCAAAAUGCACGGAUCAACAAAUUCCAAGGUUGGAGGACAUGGAACAGGAAGUCACAAACCUUUGCAGAAGAAUAGAUGCUUUAGAACAUGUAAUAGCAAUGGCUAAUGUAAAUCUAACUACGUUAGAAGCUGCUGUUGAUAACGCAGAAGCUGAAUUAGGAAUUUCUGAUAGAUUAUUUGGAAUGCUAAAUCCUUUAUCUUUCUUUAAAAAAACUCAAGAGCCGGUGGAUCCAAAUAAAUUAACAACAUUUGAACCUCCAACAAUUUAUAGAACCAGUGACUAUUUCAAUAGCGAAUAAAUAAUAUAUUCUGCGAAGGAAUAAUAUCCAUUAAUUCUUAUGCAUAUUAAUAUGUCACGCAUCUAUGAAGUACCUUCAUAUUUAAGUAAUUUAUAUAAUUUGUCAUAUCAGGUGAAUUUCUUAAUUUUCUUCCAAAUAUAAAGCAAAAAUAUUU